AUGUUGUUGAUAAAUCACGACGGCCCAACGCCGCUCUGGGAGCAGCCGAAACGCGUUUCGGCUCCGCCUAUUGUUAGAAGAGACCUAAAAUGGACCAACACGGAGUCGGAGCGGGGAACGUCCGACUCAUCUGUCAAAUGGAUUACGAUGGGGUCCGGCUUCCGGAUGCCGAGUCGCGCACUCGGUGUUUCUGGCUGCUCAAGUGGUCACUUGGAGGUGUUCCAUUGGUCUAUUGGCAUACAGGUUGAAAGCUUGAGCCCAGGACAUCAGAGUUCACAUUAA